CACUAUGAGGGCUCAAAAGAGCAUUUUUGUAUGUGAAAGCACUAUGGAAGCACUAUGAGGGCUUAAAAGCUGAUGGGGUUCUGCAAAAAGUGGAGAAGAGGGCAGUUUUUUAGAAGAUUAUUUGCUUUGCUGUGCCUAUUUGUCCCUAUUUUCUGUAUUCUGGGCUUACUUAGUCCAGGCCUUCCAGAGCUAGCACCGAAUUCUCGGAGCGAAGUAAUGGCGUCAAAAAGAAAUGUAGAAGGUGAAACUAAGCUAGGUGAACUCGGCCUCUUAAUGAUCAAAAUGUUACCUGAAAAUCUAGCUUUCACUGUUUUUCUCCCUUCGGAAAAAGCCUUUGAUCAUGUCCUGAAAUUACAAUCGAACAGCAGCUUAAUGACUGAUAAGAUGAAUGAUACCUUUGCCAUUCUAUCUCAAAUAAUGGGUUUUUGCACUGUUCCUCAACACAUACCUUCAGAAUCUGUGCCUGUUCUGAAGGAGUUACAGCUCGAUUCUGUUUCUGGAUUCAUAAUUUAUGUUUGGAAGAUGCCUGAUGGAGCACUUUUAGUUAACAAUAUUAGGUCCGAGCAGGUUGAUCUCCGAAAGGGAGAGAUCAUUGUGCAUGUAAUGGAAGGGGUUAUCAUGGAUGCAGAGUUUGAGCAGUCCUUUAUUCCUGAUUAUGAGGAAUAACAUACACUUAAUGGGGCUCGCAGCCUCGUAAAUGGUGAAGAAAUUGAGUGAUUGUACCAUUUUUUAUAACGUUUUUGAUGCAUUUUUAUCGAUGUUAAACAUUGAAGAUGGAGAUUUUCACAGGAUCAGGGAUACAAGGCCAUCCUCGUGCUGGUUUCUGGUUCCUCCAGGCUCCCAAAAGACUUGAAGGUUUAGGCAAUGUAUUGGAGUUGAAGAAUGACAUGUGAAGCAUGUACAAGAUUUGAAAUUAUAUAGAUUUAAUUGUUUUUGAGGAUAUCCCUUCAUUAAAAUGCAUGCAAAUUUCAUCAUGAACUUUGAAAGGUUGUCUUCUAUUUGUUUGUAUGUAUAUGUCGCAGAUCUGUUGACUAUUUUAUAAGGAAUAGUUCGUCGCCCUUAAACAGAGACUAUCACAUUUUUUUUGUUGGAACGAGGUAUCUAUCCGCUGCCACACCUGAAAGAACGUUUGGCGGCAUGACUAAUCCUCGGCUGACCUAGAAGAGCACCCACCUCAGAAACCUCAUGGACCUCACUUGUUUGGAAUCCACUUAAGAGGCGCUGCCGCUCGAGAGGAAUCGAACACGGGUUAGAGAUUCCCAACCCUACUUGCCCACCAACCAAGCUAAGCAACGGUACUGACUAUCACUUACUAAUUUUCAUAUGUAUUUGUGGUUCAUGAUUGUAGCAGCUUUAAGCUUUAAGUAGUCAAUGGGAAUCCUAUUUGCCCUAGUUGGCAAGCUAAUGAGUCCCUUGAAAGUUUAGUUUGCGUUCAAUUUUCUAUUUAUUUUUAUUUCUCA